AUGAAUUCUCCACUAAUUGAGGAGAGUCAAUUGGACAAAGAAGGUCCAAUUCUACUUGUGGCCGAUAUUGAAUGUUUAGGUGAUGAGCCAUUUAUAGGGUUGGAGUUCAAAGAUGCAGACCAUGCUUAUAGCUUUUAUAAUGCAUAUGCCUUAAAAACUGGUUUUAGUAUUAGAAAAGCAAGUCACUAUAAGGCAAAGAAAAAAGAUGAAAUAGUGACCGGGCUACAUUUGACUUGUUCUAAAGAGGGUCAUUAUAAACCACGACAUGAAACUGAGGUAGAUGACCCACAAAAAGAGAUGCAAUACACUCGAACAGGAUGCAAAGCACAUAUUCGGAUUAAAAUGACGUCAUCUGGCAAGUGGAAAGUAACUCGUUUUGUGAAAGAGCAUAAUCAUGUUUUGAUCGAUAGUCCUUCAAAAUCUCGUUUCUUGCGAUCCUAA